AUGGGCUGCUGUGGCUGUUCCGGAGGCUAUGGCUCCAGCUGUGGGGGCGGCGGCUCCAGCUGCUGUGUCCCUGUCUGUUGCUGCAAGCCUGUGUGCUGCUGUGUGCCAGCCUGUUCCUGCUCCAGCUGUGGCCAGGGGGGAUGUGGGUCCAGUGGGGGCUGCAAGGGCAGCUGUGGGUCCUGUGGGGGCUCUAAGGGUGGCUGUGGGUCCUGUGGGGGCUGCAAGGGCAGUUGUGGGUCCUGUGGAGGCUCUAAGGGGGGCUGUGGGUCCUGUGGGGGCUCUAAGGGGGGUUGUGGUUCCUGUGGAGGCUCUAAAGGGGGCUGUGGGUCCUGUGGUGGAUCUAAGGGGGACUGUGGGUCCUGUGGAGGCUGUGGCUCCAGCUGUGGGGGCUGUGGGUCUAACUGCUGUGUCCCCGUAUGCUGCUGUGUGCCAGCCUGCUCCUGCUCCAGCUGUGGCCAGGGGAGUUGUGGGUCCUGUGGGGGCUCUAAGGGUGGCUGCGGGUCAUGUGGGGGCUGCAAGGGCAGCUGUGGGUCCUGUGGUGGCUCUAAGGGGGGUUGUGGUUCCUGUGGGGGCUCUAAGGGCGGCUGUGGGUCCUGUGGAGGCUGUAGCUCCAGUUGUGGGGGCGGCAGCUCUAGCUGCUGUGUCCCUGUGUGCUGCUGCAAGCCCAUGUGCUGCUGUGUGCCAGGCUGCUCCAGCUCCAGCUGUGGACAGGGGGGCUGUGGGUCCUGUGGCUGCUCCCAGUCCAGCUGCUGCAAACCCUGCUGCUCCCAGUCCAGCUGCUGCAAACCCUGCUGCUCCCAGGCCAGCUGCUGCAAACCCUGCUGCUCCCAGGCCAGCUGCUGCAAACCCUGCUGCUCCCAGGCCAGCUGCUGUAAUCCUUGCUGCUCCCAGUCCAGCUGCUGUAAUCCUUGUUGCUCUCAGUCCAGCUGCUGCAAACCCUGCUGCUCCCAGUCCAGCUGCUGUAAACCCAUUUGCUGCCAGUGCAAGAUCUGA